CAUUGACCAUGCAUGGCAGCAGCACAUGCAUGGCCAGGGACCGCGGCUAGAAGUGCACAAGCAUAUACCUUCUGCUCUCAUCAUCCACAAAGUCGGCGACCUUGACUGGCCUUGUCCAGCUUCCCUUCUUGGCUCAUCCUGUCUUUUUCGCCUGCAACCCUUCGUCUGCUCACGCUUGAUGCGGCUGGAAGCAUCAAAUGCGAGAGGAAUGACCGACGAGAAUCGGCACGCAUAACCGGCAAUGCCAUUUAGCACGAUGCUUUCAACACAAGAUGAAGAAGCUGAAGGUGGUGAAUCGAUGCAAGCGCCACAGGACAUUUCACAGGAUCCCCAGCAGCAGCGUUUCGAUAUGCCUGAUCACGAUCAACCAAACAUGACUGAGGCUUUGCCGUUUAUUGGAAACAGCCCACAAGCAGCGACAGCACAUUCUGGCCCAAACGUGGAGCGAACGUUGCCUCACCUAUCACCGAGCAGGUUCACAUCUGCCGGUUCAGGCCAACCUUUUCAACAAGAUGCUAGAACUCCAGUCCUCACCCCUGCCGGAGGCAAUUCACAAAGCCCCCACAGCCUAACUACGAAUUUGUCGCCCGCUCGUGUGCCAGCGGCAGGUGCCGGCACGCGCAUUACACCUCGCCCGGUCCCACGUUCAUCCUCCUCCUUGCGGCAUAUUACUAAUUCCAAGUCGCGAACAAGCUCUUUCGGUGCUCCUGUGCCAGAGGACCGCGGCCUCUCGUCAGAAAGUCCGGAUGGGAUGGCAGAGGCAAGCUCAAGCUUGGUACAACGAUCGAUGGACGCCUACAAUCGUAAAGCAGCAUUGGAGCUGGAGCAGGAGGACUUUUUUGCCGAAGAAGACGAACUUGAUGUGAUGGAGAGCUCCAUGUUUGGCCUCCACAGGCGCGAAGGAACGGACACCAGCCUUAGUUUGGCGUUAGAGGAAGAGGAGGGCGACUCGGCGAGCACAGCCAGCAGUAGCAGCUCGGGCGGCAUUUCCACAGGCAGCUUGUCCGCUCUUACAGGCGGUGCUCAGGAUCUCAGUAGUGGCACACUUCGCCCAUCUCAAAGGCGGCGGGGCUCGUCCCGCAAUAGCAGGAAAGGAAAGGAAAAGCCAAUCGAUGGAGACUCUGCGGACGAGGGGUUGAAGAAGAACCUUCGACACAAGAAGAGUAGCUCUUAUCGAUCCCGCACAGAUUUUCACCUCACCGAUAGCGCUUCAAGCGAAAGUGACCCUCUAGGUGAAGACGGAGAACAGUACCUGCUUCGAGCUUCGCGGGCAGGUGCAGCAAGUGAGGCCGCGCCAGAUAAGGAAAGGGCUUCGUACCUCGACGCAAGACCCCUGCGAGGGGAUGCAGGUUGCGAAGGCACAGGUACGCCAGCUGGCGCGCAGGAGAAUGCAAGCUCUAAAGGCGGCCUUGAUCUCUACAGCCCGCCGCUGCCAGGUACCUCCAGGCUCGCGGCUGCGACGCCUGGGUCUUACUUUCCACACAACCUGAACGCCAUCCACACACCCAUUCUCGAGAUCAAUCACUCAGCUGCUUCCGGAGCCACACCUGACGUUUCCAGCGCGGAUCCCAGCCCAUCGGGCGAACCCGGCGCGAGAACUGCGGCGUCCGAGGCGUCAGCAGCCGCUCCGCCCGAGUUCGAGCCGCGGCAGCGCUUGGAGUGGCAGACGAUGCUGCAUUCUGUUCUCGGCUCCGAAGUCCUGCGCAGCGAGACGAAGCGUAUCACAAGCGUCGAUGCACCGGAGAUGAGUCGCAGCGAGAUCGUGCACCAGCGCUGGCUCGAGAUGCGCUCCUACCUCCGUGGCCGCGGGCACAGCAAAGCGGCACUCGAGGCGGAAAGGGCAACAUUGACGGAAGGAUGGCCGCGCAUGAUGCAAGAAGUGAUACAAGCUGUCAAGGACUGCAGAUCAAAGGAAGCGCUGCAGCGAACACAGAAGGAGCACGAGGCAGCGAAUGGCUCGGAGCGCGACGGUGUUGUGGCGUCCACAUCAGGCGGAACACUUUCGUCCGAGGAAAAUGAACACAGGAUCCGGCAAGCGCAAGAGGAAAAGGAGCGUGUUUUUGAAGAAGUUGGGCAGCUACUCGCUCGCGUCGACAAGGCGGAGGAGCAAUUCCCAUCGCAGCGCAAGAUCAUUGAAGUUGCACCAGAAUGGGGCUCGCCGGAGAUUCAAGACAAGCUGGCUGCGCUGUACAGCUGGUACAACAUUUUCUCUUCGCUUCGGCUGCAGAUCAGCGUGCUGCAGAAAUGGACGGGAAGCACCUCGCUCGAGAUUACCUCGCAUCCCACCUCGCAUCCGGAUCUCCCUCCUGUGGCGAAUGUGACGGCAGAGGGAGAAGAGCGCAGCUUCGUCGAGCGCUUGAUGAAGGAGAGCAAUCUGAAGAGCACAUUCGAGAAGCGGACCUUAACCGCUCUCAACGCCCUGCUGCUCAAAGCGAGGAAGGCCAUCAAAUCGCACCACAUCGCCUUUGGCGAAAUGGACCUGCCGAGCUUCGAGCCCGAGCUGGUCCAGCUCAUCGGCUUCCCAGCAAGCCUAAUGGAAGGCGCGCUGACGCUUCGUCUUGACUACGCUGGCAAAUUGAAAGAGCCGUCUGUCUUGAUCGUCGAUUCGCUCACGGACGAUAUCCGCUCAGCGCUGGCACUCGCUUGCAAGGUGAAGCUGCAAUACCAGUCGAUCAUGGUGCCGGAUCCGGACAAUGGAUGGGACCUACCGCAGAGCUUGGACGAUGGCUACGACGCCGUUCUGCGUGACGCGCUGCGCUUCUUCUUCCGCUUGCUCAACUCCAAGCUGAAAGGUAGCGUGUUCUUCAAAGAGACGGAGAUCCUUGAGCCAGAGUGGCUCUUCCUCAGCACCGCUGUCUCGGUGAUCAACGGCGGCGAUGUCAUCGUUGCGAAGAGCAUUACGAAGAUCGUAAAUAAGCUGUUUGCGCGUAUUGUCACGUACUUUGAACGGGAGUUGUCCGCACCGUCCACUUCUCGAGGUGUUCAACCCGCGGUACAAGGGAGCGCUGCAGCAGCGGCUGCAAAAACUUCGACCGGUAUCGAUCCGCAGCUGCGAGCGCCUUCUACUGCGGGAGGGUUGACGAAGGGCAAGGUUCGCAUGACACUGGCGGAAAAGGCCAAGUGGAUCCGAGCUGUGUUCGACAACGUGCGCAUCCGAAGUCGAAAGUUGUUGGGAUUUGCAAGAGACGUACGCGCUCGUCUUGACAAUGCAGCGGAAUACGACUUGACAUCUCUUGCGCCAGUUCGAACAGGAUCCUCGGAUGGGGAAGCUUCGAAGACGCAUCCGCCAGGGACACCAAUGAUGAUGGACCUGAGCGACUUCAUGCAGAAGCUCAGCAAUGCAGGCUUCUUCCUGGUCUACACCUGGAGCCUCGAAGAGUCCGGUACCUACCUGAUCGCCGACCCUACAUUGGCCGAUAAGCCGGAGCUCAUCCGCGAACUGCUUUGCAAGUGCCUGAGACGCAUUCAGCGCAACGAGGGAGAGGAUGCUCGGACAAUGGAAGCCAGUGCUACGGUGCUGGAGGAGCCACUGGCGCCCGAGGGACAUGCCGAGAGCCGUCAAAAGGCCGGGUCAGAUGAACAUGAGGACGUCGUAAGCCAUGAAGGCUGUCAUUACCUUUUACUCCUGUCCCCACGAGAGGACUAUCUGUGGACAGGCGCGGUGAUGCAACUCUUCUUACCAACGAUCGACGUCCAUCUGCAAGACUCUCGUCUCAGGCUGAUCGCCGAUGGACCAAGAGGUCGACUGCAGAUGUGCAAGGACCACCUUUACUCCAUCUUUGCAAGCAGUCCCGGCUCUUCUCGAGACGACAGAAGUAAUGAAGGAGACUCUCUUGGCGGAAAGGAGCAUGCGCCGCCACCCCAAACAGAGCCGAAUGCGCACCGGGCUGCUUUCCCGCUGGAGACCGUCACAGAGCACAUGGCCCACAUCAGCUCUAUCCAGAAGGAGCUGAAGCUGAUCAACAAAGGCGUGUAUAUGCUUUCCGAUGCUGUCUUACGAGCCGUCCCUCAGCUGCGCAGAAAUUUGCGUAAUCGACGUUUUGGGGACGGCGCAGAUCAGAGCAAGUCAAGUGCCGAACGAUCGGCAGCCUACAGCGACGCGUGGCAUGGUGGAAAGGGUGGCGAUUGCGACGAGCUCAUUCAGAAUUGCUACAGCAUGGCUUCGGAGCAAGGCUUGCGUUCCUUGCCUUUCAUUGAGUCGGCGCGACUUCGCAGGGAGAUGACACUGGCGAUUGCGAAGCUUGCAAUCGAUUGGGUAGCAUUUAUUUGCGACGAUUGCGUCCCGACGGACCGGAAGACAUUCAAGUGGGCUGUUGCCGCUCUCGAGAACGCUUGGAACGUGACCAGGGCGGAGAACAUCUUCCAUCUCAACGAGUACGACUUUGGCCUGAUGCGGAGCAAAGUGGCAAGCUGCAUGGCACUGCUCAUUUCGCAAUUCGACAUCAUGGGAGCGCGAAGCAGUGCAGCAAAAACACGAGAAGAGCAGGAAAGGCUUGAACAUGAGCGCCUCGAGCGAGCUAAGGCUGAAGCGGAAGGCAUUGACAUUGAUGCUCGUAUCAAGGUGGGUAAGGCGCCGUAUGCGCUCUCACAAGCCGUGGCCGCAAAGCUCCUCUUAACAGAAGGCAUCGAAGACACGGAGAUGCGCUGGAUUAGCAAGAUUCACGAAUGGGAAGAGGCGCGUCAAGCGAUUGAAUCCGAGCAACGACUUAUUGGCAGGGUGUUGGAUGAGACGCGCAUCGAGGACCGCGGCUUGCAAGUGCUUGCCCAGUCCUCCAGCCGCAUUCAAAUCAGAUGGCAGCUUGGUCGCUUCAUCGGCGCAGGCACUUUUGGUACCGUGUACUCGGCCCUCAAUCUCGAUUCAGGCGACUUGAUGGCAGUCAAGGAAAUCCGCUUCCAGGACAUUGCGUCGCACCCAACCUUCUUCGAGCAAAUCAAAGAUGAGAUGAAUGUCAUGGAGAUGCUCAGCCACCCAAACAUCGUCCAGUACUAUGGUAUCGAGGUGCACCGCGACAAGGUGUAUAUUUUCGAGGAGUUCUGUCAAGGAGGUAGUCUCGCACACUUACUCGAGCAUGGUCGAAUUGAAGAUGAAGCAGUCAUCCAGAUUUACACGCUGCAGAUGCUCGAUGGCCUCGUCUAUCUCCACUCCAAAGGGAUUGUCCAUCGUGACAUCAAGCCUGAUAACAUCCUGUUGGAUCACAUGGGCGUCAUUAAGUUCGUCGAUUUUGGUGCUGCCAAGAUCCUCGCCAAAAAUUCGAAGACGAUCCAGCAGAGUCGCCGACGCGGCGCAGCCGCCCCAAUUGCCAUCCCAGGCACGGACGGAAAAGGCCUCGGUGGUGUACAAAGCUUGCAAGGCACGCCGAUGUACAUGUCGCCUGAGAUCAUCAAAGGCGAAGCAAGAGGCCGGCGCGGCGCGAUGGACGUCUGGAGCGUUGGCUGCGUCGUGCUUGAAUUCGCUACUGGUCGACGUCCGUGGAGCCAGCUGGACAAUGAAUGGGCGAUCAUGUUUCACAUCGGCAUGGCACAGCAACAUCCACCUCUCCCUGAGCCUGGCCAGCUUAGUGACCUUGGUAUUGACUUUAUCCGUCAAUGUCUCUUCAUCGAUCCGUAUGAACGACCUUCGGCUGCUGAGAUGCGGGAGCAUUCGUGGAUCCAAAAUUUGCUCGCUGAGCUUGCAAGCAGCAAUGAGGAAGGCGCCGCCGUUGGUGCGACUGCAGAAGUAACCGUUACGGAAGCGCCGGCUUCAGGUACCAUGCCCUCGACGCCCUUGAACCUCGGAGCCGAAUCGGCCACUGGCGUCGCAGCCAUGGUGCAGACGCCAGGGAUGCGCACGCUCAACAACUAUUUUCAGCGAUCACACACAAAUACUAACCUACUGAGCGACGGCUCUUGGAGUCAAUUUUCGACGCAUACAACCUCGACUGGGACCACAUCCAUUUCCACCGGAUCGACGGUACCACCCAACUCUGCUGACGCAUGAAGAGGCUUCCCCACUACGCUCCCUUUCUCGUUCGCACCACACAAACGCUGCACUUGUGUAGUCUGCGCUCUCUAUACAUGAUGGAAGCUGCGC